AUGAGAGAAAAUCUUCUAACAGCUACACGAUUGCGCAGAAAUUAUGCAUGUUACGAUAAGGUUGUCAACUCCCUACUACCAUAAACCAGACUCAAACACUCUCCUUGCUUGAUCACCAACAACACAAUCGAUGGCCUUGAGACCAGUUCCAACCCCCUUUUCACUAUGCAGUUCAAGAACCCACAUCAAUAAUCUGCGCUUCUUCAACUCCAAAUCAAGAUUUCUCGAAAACCAGUUGCUCAGAAAGGAUAAAUCUUCGAAUUUAUGUGGGAGGAGAACGAUUGGAAGAACGGUGAAGGCGUGCGUGAGAUUGGAAGAGAGAAACCCGCAGGAAACCGGCAGCAGCGACUGGGGGGAAGUGUCGGCGGUGCUGUUUGACAUGGACGGGGUGCUGUGUAACAGCGAGGAGCUCUCCAGGUUGGCGGCGGUCGAUGUUUUCGCGGAGAUGGGAGUUCAAGUCACGGUUGAAGACUUCGUGCCUUUCAUGGGCACAGGUGAAGCUAAAUUUUUGGGAGGUGUUGCUUCUGUGAAGGGCGUGGAGGGAUUUAAUCCCGAGUCCGCAAAGAAGAGAUUCUUUGAGAUAUAUCUGGAUAAGUAUGCAAAGCCAAAUUCUGGCAUAGGCUUCCCUGGUGCAUACGAACUUGUAGUGCAGUGUAAAACCAAAGGCCUUAAAGUUGCUGUUGCAUCUAGUGCUGACCGUAUCAAGGUUGAUGCCAAUUUAGCAGCUGCUGGUUUGCAAUUAUCAAUGUUUGAUGCUAUUGUGUCUGCGGAUGCAUUUGAAAACUUGAAACCUGCCCCUGAUAUUUUCUUAGCUGCAUCAAAGAUAUUGGAUGUGCCAACAAAUGAGUGUCUUGUGAUUGAAGAUGCAUUAGCAGGAAUUCAAGCUGCAAAAUCUGCUGGCAUGAGAUGUAUAGCUGUUACAACGACAUUAGCUGAAGAUACUUUGAGGGCUGCUGGUCCAUCACUUAUCAGGAAGGAGAUAGGAGAUAUUUCCCUUGAUGAUAUUCUUAAUGGUGGCUCUGAUUCUCAUAAUCCAGAGAGGCAACCUUCUCAAAACAAUAGUGCUUCCGCACAAAGUCUGUCCGAUUUGUACAGUAAAGAAAGUGAAGCAUUUCAGGGUAAAGAUUCUAUGGCAGAUCCAAUCUUCUCAUUUGGAGGGUUUCAGGGUUCUCGGCGUAAUAUUUUGAGAUAUGGAAGUUUGGGAAUCGCUCUUUCUUGCGUUGCCUUUAUUGUCACAAACCGUAAGCUUUCAUGUCUAUGCAGGCUAUGCAGUAUGCAUCUCCAAAAGCCAUCUGGAAUGCAUUAUUUGGGGCUGGCAGUCCUUCUUUUGGACCCAAAAAAAGAAGAAUCUCGUGAUGAUAGAAUCCAACAGUUUGUCAACUACAUAUCUGAUCUGGAGAAAAAGGGAACUGCGACAACUGUGCCGGAGUUUCCAUCCAAGCUAGACUGGCUGAACACGGCUCCCCUUCAGCUACAAAGGGAUUUGAGAGGAAAAGUGGUUAUUCUCGAUUUUUGGACCUAUUGCUGCAUAAACUGCAUGCAUGUCUUACCAGAUCUUGAGUUUCUUGAGAAAAAGUAUAAAGAUGCACCGUUUGCUGUAGUAGGAGUUCACUCUGCCAAGUUUGAUAACGAGAAAGACUUGGAGGCUAUUAGAAAUGCAGUUUUAAGAUAUGGAAUCACUCACCCGGUGGUGAAUGAUGGUGAUAUGUAUUUGUGGAGAGAGUUGGGUAUAAACUCAUGGCCCACAUUUGCCAUUGUUGGGCCAAACGGGAAGCUUAUAGCACAAGUAUCUGGUGAGGGUCGCCGGAAGGAUCUCGAUGAUUUGGUUGAAGCAGCAUUACUAUAUUAUGGUAGUAAGAAAGUUUUGGACAACAGACCUCUUCCUUUGAGUUUGGAAAAGGACAAUGAUCCUCGAUUAUUGACAUCCCCAUUGAAAUUUCCUGGUAAAUUGGAGGUUGAUGUUCUCAAUAACCGGCUCUUCAUUUCUGACAGCAACCACAACCGCAUUGUAGUCACUGAUCUUGAUGGUAACUUCAAAAUGCAAAUUGGAAGCUCUGGAGAAGAGGGCUUUCGUGAUGGUAACUUUGAUGAUGCCACGUUCAACCGCCCACAGGGACUUGCCUAUAAUGCAAAGAAAAACCUCCUAUAUGUAGCUGACACUGAAAAUCACGCUCUAAGGGUGAUUGAUUUCGUCAAUGAGACAGUGCAAACACUUGCUGGAAAUGGAAAAAAGGGUUCUGACUACCAGGGAGGAGGGUCUGGAACAUCCCAGCUCCUUAAUUCACCCUGGGAUGUCUGCUUUGAUCCUGUGAACGAUAUGGUUUACAUUGCGAUGGCCGGCCAGCAUCAGAUUUGGACAUAUGCACCAGAUGGAACGACUAGAACUUUUAGUGGUGACGGCUAUGAAAGAAAUUUGAAUGGUUCGAGUUCUGGAAACACUUCAUUUGCUCAACCGUCUGGAAUUGCAUUGUCACCUGAUUUAAAGGAAGCAUACAUUGCUGAUAGUGAGAGUAGCUCAAUUCGAGCACUAGAUCUAAAAACAGGAGGAUCAAGGUUACUAGCUGGUGGAGAUCCGAUAUUCUCGGACAAUUUGUUCAAGUUUGGAGACAAUGAUGGAGUAGGUUCCGAAGUACUUCUUCAGCAUCCUUUGGGAGUAUUUUGUGGCUGUGAUGGUCAUAUUUAUAUAGCAGAUUCUUAUAACCACAAGAUUAAGAAGCUGGAUUUAGCUAGUAAAAGAGUCACAACAUUAGCUGGCACCGGGAAGGCUGGAUUCAAGGAUGGGCCAGUUUUGGAAGCCCAGCUUUCUGAGCCUUCCGGACUCGUCGAAGCUGGAAAUGGAAGAUUACUCAUAGCUGAUACAAAUAAUAGCUUAAUAAGGUACUUGGACCUGAACAAGAAAGUACCAGCACUUCUUACUCUGGAGCUGAAAGGCGUCCAACCUCCUACCCCAAAAUCAACAAAAUCACCACGCCGUCUAAGGAGGAGAGCCACAUCUGACACGGAGACCGUAGUCAUCGAUGGUGGUUCCAUCAAUGAGGGGAGACUACGUCUGGAAAUGCGGGUACUAGAAGGCUACCAUUUCUCAAAGGAAGCACAAAGUAAAUUCAGCGUGGAAAUUGAGCCAGAAAAUGCAGUAUCUGUCGAUCCUAUGGAUGGUAAUAUCAUCCCUGAAGGGUCAGCGGUUCUACAGUUCAAACGAUCCUCCCCUUCACCUUCCAAGUGUAGAAUUUUCUGCAAGGUUUACUACUGUAAGGAAGAUGAAGUGUGUCUAUACCAGCCUUUGAUGUUCGAAGUGUCUUUUCAAGAAGUUGCUCCCGACCAAGCAGCUGCAGCAGAGAUACCAUUGCAGUACGUCGUGAAACCUAAAACGGAGACAUACAAUCAGCAAACUCCACUCGCCCGCUGAGCUUCACUGGUGAAUUUACAUGUACCUAUGUUGCAUUUAUACAGCCAUUCUGCAAAUAUUGUUGAUUAAGAAAAAUGUUCAUGUAUUAAUAUAUCUCACAUUGAAAAACAGUCUUUGUUCUGAGACUGCUUCAUUGAAGAAAAAGCAAUUUAUGACAUAGUAUUCCUUUUA